AUGCCACCAGCAAACGGAAAGAAAGGAAAGAAGGGAGGAGCCACUAAGGCUGCCGCCCCAGAGGAGGAUUUCGAUGCGAUUCUCGCCGAAAUGGCACUUGCCGAUAAGCAGACUGCUGCCAAGGAGCCAAAGGCUGGAAAUGCAAAAGCUGGAGCCAAAAAGGGAGCCAACGGCACUGCCGCUCCAGAAGUCAGCAAAGCAUCGUGGGAAGCCGAGAUCGCGGCGAUGAAGCCGAUCGAUGAGCAAUUUCCGGAUGGAAAAUAUCCGCAUUCAAAAGACGAGACACCGUAUUAUUUGAAGGGAAAAGAUGGCCGAGUGGCGACGGAUCGUGAAUCGAAUGAAGAGAAAAAGGCAUUGGAUGCGAGUUAUGAAGAGACUUGGCAAGAUUAUCGACGAUCUGCUGAAGCACAUCGACAAGUCAGACAAUACGUCAAGUCAUGGAUUAAACCAGGAAUGACUAUGAUCGAGAUUUGCGAACGCCUCGAAACGACAUCUCGCCGUCUCAUCAAGGAGCAAGGACUCGAAGCGGGACUCGCCUUCCCAACUGGAUGCUCUCUCAAUCACUGUGCCGCUCACUACACACCAAACGCGGGUGAUACGACUGUCCUUCAGUAUGGAGAUGUUUGCAAGAUCGAUUACGGUAUCCACGUCCGUGGACGUCUUAUCGACUCCGCUUUCACCGUUCACUUCGACCCGAAAUUCGAUCCACUCGUCGAGGCGGUUCGUGAGGCCACCAAUGCUGGAAUCAAGGAAUCUGGAAUCGACGUUCGUCUCUGUGACGUCGGAGAGAUUGUCGAGGAAGUGAUGACGUCCCAUGAAGUCGAACUUGACGGAAAGACUUAUGUCGUCAAACCAAUCAGAAAUCUCAACGGACAUUCCAUCGCUCAAUACCGUAUUCACGCUGGAAAGACGGUUCCAAUCGUCAAAGGAGGAGAGCAGACGAAGAUGGAGGAGAACGAGAUUUACGCCAUCGAAACAUUCGGAUCGACUGGAAAAGGAUACGUUCACGAUGAUAUGGAGACGUCUCACUACAUGAAGAACUUCGAGUUGGCAGAUGAGAAGAUUCCGUUGCGUCUUCAGAAAUCCAAGGGAUUGUUGGGACUAAUCGAUAAGAACUUCUCCACGUUGGCAUUCUGUCGUCGUUGGAUUGAUCGUCUUGGAGAGACGAAGUACUUGAUGGCGCUCAAGGAUCUUUGCGAUAAGGGAAUCGUCGACCCAUACCCACCACUCUGCGACGUCAAGGGAUGCUACACCGCCCAAUGGGAGCACACCAUUCUGAUGCGUCCAACAGUGAAAGAAGUCGUCUCCCGUGGAGAUGAUUAUUAA